AUGGACGUGCUCAUCGUGUUGGCUACGACGAUCGCCUUUACAUACUCGAUACUUGUUCUUAUUAUUGCUUUGAUUCUGAAGGGGAAAACGUCGGAAGCAUUGAGUCGAUUGAUGUCACUCCAAGCAAAGGAGGCCACCCUCAUAACAAUGGACUCCGAGGGUCGUGUUACCUCUGAAAGGGGAAUUAAUAUCGAACUGGUUCAACGUAACGAUUUGAUCAAAGUGAUACCAGGUGCAAAAGUGCCGGUCGACGGAAUAGUGGUGGACGGACAGAGUUCAGCGGAUGAGUCCUUUAUCACAGGAGAAUCCAUGCCGGUUGUUAAAAAAGCCAGCAGCAAAAAGUUUUCAGGAAGCAUUGUCAUUGGAGGAUCAGUGAAUCAAAAAGGUGUGCUGAUCAUACAAGCAACCCUUGUUGGACAGGACUCGACUUUGGCUCAAAUUGUGCGGCUGGUGGAAGAAGCGCAGACGAAUAAGGCUCCGAUCCAACAAAUGGCCGAUCGCAUUGCUGGCUAUUUCGUACCGUGUGUUAUUUUCUUGGCAUUACUUACUCUAGUCGGGUGGAUUGUGAUUGGGUACAUGUCGCAGAAAUAUGUAAAUAUG